CACUGCACCACACAGACCGCAUCAGUCGGUAACCAACGGGAAUACACCACCUGAUAUUAAAUUACACUAUCAUUUUUAGCUAACAGAGACUGCUACUAUUCCGUCACUUUCUCCGUACUCCUCCUAAAGAACAGCAUUCAUACACUAACCGUCCGAGGGAGGAUCAGCCAACAUGUUCUACACCUGCGGUCCCAACGAGGCUAUGGUGGUGUCAGGUGUCUGUCGUUCUCCUCCCAUGAUGAUAGCUGGAGGCAGAGUGUUCGUCAUCCCGUGUAUUCAGAAGAUACAGAGGAUUUCCCUGAAUACUCUGACUCUGAAUGUGAAGAGUGAUAAAGUCUACACCCGCCAUGGAGUUCCCAUCUCUGUCACAGGGAUCGCCCAGAUGAAGAUCCAGGGUAAGAAUGAACAGAUGCUGGCUGCAGCCUGCCAAAUGUUCAUGGGGAAGUCAGAAGCGGAGAUCGCUCAGAUCGCCCUGGAGACGCUGGAGGGACACCAGCGAGCCAUCAUCGCCCACCUAACUGUUGAGGAGAUCUAUAAGGACCGUAAGAAGUUCUCAGAGCAGGUUUUCAAAGUGGCCUCCUCUGACCUGGUCAACAUGGGCAUCAGCGUGGUCAGCUACACGCUCAAAGACGUUCACGACGACCAGGAUUACCUGCACUCUCUGGGUAAAGCUCGCACAGCCCAGGUGCAGAAAGACGCUCGCAUCGGAGAGGCUCAGAACAAGAGAGACGCUGUGAUCAGGGAGGCUCAUGCGAUGCAGGAGAAGAUCUCGGCUCAGUACAAGAAUGAGAUAGAGAUGGCAAAGGCCCAGAGGGACUAUGAGCUCAAGAAAGCAGCCUAUGACAUUGAAGUCUUCACUAAGAAGGCCGAGUCUGAAAUGGCCUACCAGCUGCAGGUAGCAAAGACGAAGCAGCGCAUCGAGGAGGAGAAGAUGCAGGUCCAGGUGGUUGAGAGGACUCAGCAGAUCAUGUUGCAGGAGCAGGAGAUCACCCGCAGGGAGAAGGAGCUGGAAGCCAAGGUGAAGAAACCUGCAGAGGCUGAGAAGUACCGUCUGGAGAAACUGGCCGAGGCUCAGCGUCUGAAGUUGAUCAUGGAGGCCGAGGCUGAAGCUGAGUCCAUUAGGAUCAAGGGUGAGGCUGAGGCGUUUGCAGUGGAGGCCAAAGGUCGCGCCGAGGCAGAGCAGAUGGUGAAGAAGGCCGAGGCCUUCCAACAGUACAAGGAUGGAGCCAUGGUGGACAUGCUGCUGGAGAAACUGCCUAUGAUGGCAGAAGAGAUCAGCAAGCCCCUGUGUAAAGCCAAGAAGGUUACCAUGGUAUCCAGCGGAGAUGGGGAGGUGGGUGCGGCCAAACUGUCAGGCGAGGUGCUGGAGAUCAUGACCCGCCUCCCUGAAGCGGUGGAGAAACUGACUGGCGUCAACAUCUCCCAGGUGACCACUCGUACAGACUGAAGAGAAUCAACCGAACCCGGUGACCAGUGACUCUCCCCGCUGUCUUACCUCUUAUCAGCUGCCUGGAUUCUGUGCAUGAGUUUACUAACACAGACUUACUCUUUCCUCUACUCCCGUCUGCGUCUUACAUCAUCAGUAUAAACGUGUCCCCUAUCUAUCUCUGUCGACGUCUCGCUGUGGUGUUGCUGUGUGUUGUGAAAAUGCCGUCCGCUUUCUUUCACCAUUUUUUUUUUUUUUAAAUUAAAUUUCCACUGACACCCAGCUCCAACUGGGCUUUAGUAUUGUGCUUCUCCGGCUACAGUUAUGGUUGUUAUUUCAAGUUAUUUGAAGUAGUUUCUGAGACCUGAAUAUAAUGAUCUGAUUCUACGAGACCACAGCUCCGGUCGCUCACUUUUAGAUUAAAAAUAGUUACGUCUACAGUAUACGUAGCACCAGUUUCUCCCUCUUUUAUUAAGGAUGAGAUGUUUUGAAGCCUUUGCUUAUUGAAGUUUGCACUUUUUAUCUCUCUUAGAUUUAAUCUUAAUCUAAUCCACCCUCUGGCUCUGUUUAUAUACAGUCCAUAUGGCCACUGAUACUACAUUAGUGUAAGCAUAAACAAAACGUCUUUGAUUACUAUGUUCUCCUCAAAAUUCAGGCUUGUGCCUUAAUGUAAACUGGUCACAAAAAUGCAUUGAAAGAACCAUAACUGAAGCCUCUGUGUAUCCCCUGAAUUUCACCAAACUUUGUCUCGAGUCUUACUGUCUUUCCUCCGUGUCACAUGUUACGUGUUUGUGUCACACUAACGAGAAAUCCUCGAGUCUCUCCUCACCGUGUCUGUGUCGACCUUUUAAACGUCUCCUCCAUUACUGCCUGUGUCCGCUGCCUUGCUGCCAAACCUUAAGUGCAUCUUAAAACUAAAGUUUAAUACAAACAUGCAUUCAAAACCCUCAUUGCUACAAAUACUACGCCUACAUACAAGCAGACCAAAACCUCAGGCUGUGAUUUUAGCCACUAAUACAUGACAUCCAUCAGGAGAGUGUAGAGAUAAUCAUUUCAUCAAGUUGUUACGGAUGAUUGCAUAGAAACAUUUUCAUCAAGUGUUUAUGCAUUAGGCAUUAUUGUUCUGUAUGAUACUUUUAAAAUCUGUGAUGGUUUUCUAUUUCCUAUUUGUAUGUUUUCAUUGUAUGUUCUCCUCCCACCGAUCGCAUGAGGUCUUAAUAUUUUAGCAUCCAGCUGAAACAGUGUUAACCUCUUUAUAAUCACAAUACAUCUUUGGGUUUUAAGGAACAGCAUUUUUGAUGACUUAAGGCAUACCGGUGUAACAUAGCUUCAGGCGCUAGAGACCCAUGCAGCAGUCCUAUAACACACUUUAUGCAAAAAUACUUGCAAAUGUGAAUCCUGUUCACCAGUACUAUCUUCCCUGACUUCUUUGGAUUAUUUAUCGAGCAUUUCUGUAUCAUAGAUGAUUGUUUAUCUAUCGUCAGAGCACCUUCGUGGUCAUCGGUUGCUUAAAAUGUUGGAAAUUCAGCUCAAUUUACUGUUGAAAUCACUAGACGAGAGCAUCAGGAAAACAGUGCAUAUAAUGUAAAUAUGAAAUUACAUGUUACAAGAAAAAGUGAAAGCUCUUAACUUCUUCACUUUUUAUAAUAAUAAUGAAGGUACCAGUUACCACUACAGUAUGAGGGAUGACUUUUUUUUUCUUCCCUCAUAAUCUGGUGUUUUAAUAACCAUCGUAGGUAAAUUGCCCCCCCUCCUCAACAGCAGGGUCAUAGGUCAAGGUCAGCUGCAGAACUGGAAGGGAUUUUAUGUCGUUCCUCGACUCAAGACAGGAGCUUGAACUCGGUUCUUCUGGUUGUUUUAGGUUCCUGUGAGACUUCGCCGCCCCGCAGCGUAGUAAACUAGAUGUACACCUUCAGUAAAGGGAUGUCUAUCGUUUGUGAGGCCAGUUAUGUAGCAGUUCUCAUAGAGGUGUUGUGUGUGUGUGUGUGGAAUGAUAGUGGUGUAAAGUAUCGCCCUCGCCUUCAAUCGUAGCAAAGAGACAACCGGAGUGUAAUUAUAAGAUCACUGUGUUGUAGAAAUGCUGAACAAUUCACCAUUAUUGGUUUAAUUUGUUUACUUUUUUUUAAUGAAAGCGUAAUGUAAAGAGAUGCUUAACAGUCAGGGACAUUAUGUCAAAUAAUGUCAGCUUGUACUUCAAGGAAAGGAAUGUUUAAGAUUUGAUAGAUUGGAUCAGAAUUGAUCAAUAAAGAAAAGGUUUUUUAUUGUUUUAUCACUUUGCUCCUAGUUAGUAAAUGUUACUGUAUCGUGUGAUAUAUUUAUUUGUUAAUUUAUUUCUUUAUAAUACAGAGUUAUUACCAGCAAUGCAUUGUAAGGAAAUGAAAAUCUCUAAUGUUGUGUAAUAAUAAUAAUUUCUCAUCUCAGAGUACAAUCAGUCACCCAGGAUGAUAUGCUAGAGAGAGUUUAGGGGCCGGUUCAAGUGUCCCAACUUGCCUUACGGUUAAUUAUAACUCUCACUGAGGGGCUGGGUUUUAAAUAUGUUUCAUUUUGGCACUGUAUCUUUUUUGUUUUGUUCUGUUUUUGCACCAGAGUGUUUUUUUUUUUCAUUGCAUCAAAAGGCACUUAAACAUUCUGGAUUCUUACAGUGAGAACUUGUGUUUGCUUUUCUUUAGUGUCAUUUGUAUUUAAAACCAAUUGUAUUUUGUUUGACUUUGUUGUGUGAUAGAACUAAAUUUAACCAAGAAAGGUCCUGAACAGUAAAUCUGUCUUUUACCUCCGUUAUACUCAGCCCUAAACACCUCACUAUUAGUCUGUCUGUGACUGUUUUUUGCACUGCUGAUUACAGUUUUGUUUGUUUUUUUGUCAUGUUACAGCCAAAUGUAUUGAAAUGAUUUUCUGAAGCUUGAUUUUAUUUAUUUUAUAAUUAACACUACUGUCACUACGCAUGCAUCAAAACCUACCACACAUUAACUAUAGUUGAAUCUUGCGAAUACAUUCAUUUUUAGUCAGGACACUGUAGACGUGUGUGCUGCCUGACUGUGGAAUUACCAAAGUAGGAGAAAACCUUAUAGAUACCUGUAGAAAAGGAAAUGUGACACUUGCUUCUAGAUGUUUCAAGUGUAAUGAAGCGACACUAAAUAUGGCUAUAAAUGUGUAUAUAUACACUAUAUAUUUGAUAUUUGACACAGUAUCAGUGUAGCACUGUUUGUCACUAUUAACAGCUCUACUAACUUCUUCUAACAUGUUUUACUAUAAUUGUAUCUGAGCUAUAGUCUGUAGUUUAAGUUGAGUUUUCUGUGUUAUUUUGACUCCUGCUGUGUUUGCUGUGUUUGCUUGUGAAGACUUGCCAACAUGAUGGAAGGUACCACUCUGUUGCUUUUUAAUUCUUGUGUCUCAGGAAAUUUGUGUUUUUACAAUAUACUUGUCAUUAAAUUGCAAAAGGGAAACCACCUAUGUGUUUCACUAUUUCUAAAAACAAAUUUUAUUUUAAAUCUUAAAUGUUACUUUGCUCAUGUAUUAUUUUUUGUUUUCAUGUCUGAUUUAUGCAUGUUUUGGGUUUUUUUUAAUGUUUUUAUGAGGACCUCACAAACAACAGCUCUCCCAUGCAUAGUGCCAGCUAACGGGGGUCCUAAUAAACAAACAUGGUUUCUAAA